AACGAGGUCGAAUUCCAACCAGGCAGAUGUUGAUGGUGAUAGAGUUGGAAAUGCUUGUGACAACUGUAGAUAUUACCCCAAUCCAGACCAGUUGUCCAGUGAUCCAAGUACAUAUGGAAGUCUCUGUACAACUCAACCUGCUAGAUUUAGAAGAGACCAAGACCAGGAACAAGAUAGUGUUGAUGACUUCUGUACUAAUAUUGUUGAUCCAGAUGAAGUGGACUCUGACUCAGACGGGGUUGGGGACUACCGUGACAAUUGUCCAUUAGUGCCUAACCUGUAUCAAUCUGACUCUGACAAUGAUAGGAUUGGAGAUGCCUGUGACAAUUGUCCACACCUGUUUAACCCUGGCCAGGUUGACUAUGAUGAUGAUAGGAUUGGGGACGACUGCGACACACACGUUUCACCUGACAAUGAUAAUGACACCAUUUUUAACAGCAUAGACAACUGCCCUCAUGUCAGCAAUCCGGAUCAAGCAGAUACAGAUGACAAUGGACUGGGCGAUGCAUGUGAAGGCU